AUGGAGAUUGCCGCAUUCCUUCUCGGAAGUGUGGCUCUUAUGAUCCAACUAUUUGCAAAACAGGCCGAAAUCGCGGAUAUUGCGAAAACCACGAUAGAACUGGAAAAUGACUCGAGCUUACCUCUACCCAAAACUUACGACUUCAUAAUUGUCGGAGCCGGAACGGCGGGUUGCUUACUGGCCGGGAGAUUAUCAGAAAAAUUCUCCGUCCUACUUUUGGAGGCUGGUGGAUCUCCUCCCCCAGCAGCGGCGGUCCCAUUUUUCUCUGGAACUGUAGGCAGCGAUCCAGAUAUUAAUUAUUUUUUUAAGACGGUCGACAUGACGUAUGGAGGGGUGGCGACUGUUCACACGGGCAAAAUGUUGGGAGGGUCGGGAUCUCACAAUGAUUUGGUGCACAAUCGUGGCAGAUACUACGGAACCGAUGGACCAAUUGUCGUUCAAUCGGUGGAAUUUCCCAUUCUUCCAAUUUGGUUUGAGGCUGGAAGGGAAUUGGGAUAUAAAAUUGGCGAUCCAAACGGAUAUCAAACUGAAAGUUUCCAACCAUCCAACACACCAACGCGUAAUGGGCAGAGGAGCAGCACAUAUGCCGAAUUUGUGAAGCCUUACGAAAAUACGAGAGAAAAUUUAACCGUGGUCCGAUACGCGAACGUUUCUGAGGUUUUACUGAAUGCUAACAAUGAAGCCUACGGCGUGGCAUACACGCGUCAUGGACAUCCUCAAAUAAGUUACGCGUCCAAAGAAGUUAUCGUGAGCGCUGGGGUUUUCUCAACACCGUUGCUUCUCAUGAAAUCUGGAAUCGGACCAAUUGAAACUUUGGAGGCUGCAGAGAUUCCUGUCAAGGUUCCACUACCCGCUCUCGGUAAAAACGUUUCCGAACACCCAGCCCUCUGGCUUGGACCGUGGUAUCCGGAAUCUGAUAAUAUUUCCCUGUUUCAUCAAGUCAUGCAUCCAGACGCUACCGAAGCAUUUGUUGCACAAUAUCAGCGUGGCGAAGGACCUCUCGCAUAUUUUGGUGAAGGUCCACAAAUGUUUAAAGUAACGUCAAGGGCACGACCAGAUUGGCCAAACUUAUCGGUCACCAUCCAUUUGCAACCGAUUCGAAACCCGGGUGAUCGCCCCACCGUGUUCUUUUAUGUUGUCCCAAGUUUAUAAAACCUGGCAAAUCAAUCAAAUUAAGAUCCGCCACUUCAAGCGGUGAGAAGAUCGUCAACGUGAUUGGAAUGCGGGAGAUAUUUCGCCCUUCACCUGCGAGAUUAACUGUCUGGUUGGCAAUUUCUUCUCUAAUCAGGGAAAAAUCGUGUAUCUUUUCCCGAGGUCGAUGCAGAAAAAUUCCAUGCUCGAGACAAUUGGAAUUCCGCAGUUCUUGUCGCGCUGCGGGGGAGGAAAUCUUUCCCGACAAGAGCUUCAAGGAGGCUGGACUUUCCGGUACCCUUCCCACCCAAGAGAGCAAUUUGUGGCAGAUCUACAUACGACCAUAAGACAGUAAUUAAUUGAAAGAAAAAUCGAGAAAGUAAUUACUAACUAUGUAGAUUUUAAUUACUUUGUGACAAUGUAAUUGUAAUUAAUAAUUCAUUAAGUGGUAAUUAAUUAAUUAAUUAAUUACUUCAUAUGUAAGCAAGUAGUAAUUAAUUGAAGUAAUUAAGCAAUACUGGCUAAAAUAAGAAUUAGUAAUAAUUCUCGAAGGCAAAAAUACCACUUACCAAACCCAAAUUCCUUGCCACAACGAGCAAAUACCUCUUUUAUAUUAGAAAUUAAAGGAAGUAAAUCCUCCAUUUCAGUUGGAUAUUCAAAUUAAACAAUCACAAACUAUUAAUUAUUUGAAAGUAAAUUUAAAAUUCAACAAAGCGAAGAUAAUAAAUAAUCUAGAGAAAAAAAUCUGGAGUUUUUAGUAUGUACUUGCAAGUGGAAAUAGCAGGGUUCAAUUUCUACUUAAAAAUGUCUCCCCAGGAUUUCUUAUCACUAAAUGAGUCACAGCCUGUGACUCAUGCACGU